AGACCUCUAGUUUCUCCUUUCAUUGUUUUUAGCUGGAAACCUUUGUAAACAUAGCAAGUGUACAAAAUAACCCAGUGUGGAAUAGAGUGCAUGACGUGUUGAAGCGGUGUGCGUGAUUUCUGUUUCGUUUCCAGGGAGGUCUUGUUUACUGUUUCACUAAAGGCACUUUGUGGCAGGUUAAGCUUUUGCUUUCAUGUGUGGAAUGAGGAAGAGGCGAGUCUGUAGCCGAGCAGUGUAUCCUCCAAAAUGACGACCGCUGGGAAGACGCUAACGUGAGUUUACGCAGUGGUCCCACUGCCACUUGCUUUGAGUUGUGAUGCUGCAAUCAACAGAGGUUCCCCGCUGGUUGUCUCUGACUAUGGAUGCCUCCAAUCACAAAGCAUGUCUGCCCAGGAGCUUGUACUAAAGCAACGGACAGAGCUUCUGGAUGCACUGUGCAGCAGCGGCUCGAGUGAAACCCUGGAAAAGCUUUUAGAUGCGCUGCUUGCUCAUGGGGAACUGACGUGGGAGGACUAUCACAGCAUUCUGGUACCAGGUCGAGCGCUCUAUAAGAACGCCAGACAGCUGCUGGAUCUGGUUCAUGUCAAGGGUUCGGACACAUGUCGCUUCUUCCUGAGCGCUCUCAAACAGGUUGUGCCUGAAGUGCAGGAAACUGGCCGUUCCCCUACACAAUGCGUCGCAAGUGUAAUGGACACGGGCGAACGCCAGUGCACGUCUGCUCAGACUCUUUUGACCCAGAGGCUAAGUCUCGUGAACAUGCUGCAAGGCUGCAUUGAUGACACUCUAGAGGCGCUGCUUGUGUCGGGACACUUUACCUCAGGAGAGUGUGACGAGGUGCGGCUGCCCACAUACACCCCUUCUCAGCAGGCGAGACGUCUGCUCAAUUAUGUCCGAUCAAAAGGCGACGCAGCAGCGACGGUGGUGCUGAAUUCUGUUCAGCAGAGGCAUGAGUCUGGAUGUAACCUAACCCCAGAGAAAGUGACUCCUUCCAACGAGUUUGUAAAGUACCAGAAGAAGCUGAGCAGCUCACUGUCAGCGCAGUCCUGCUUCCUCAGCACUUAUGGAGGGACCAGCCACGUGUCUCUGGAGGACAUCUACACCAAAGGGCAGCUAGAACUGGUUCACAACUGCCCCGGUAUCAAGAGACCUUUGGGGAUGGAGGACAUAGUGGGCCCCGUGGGAACCGUGAACCAGGAUGCUGACACCGUGCUGAUUUCAGGAGAGGUAGGAAGUGGGAAGAGCACGCUACUACAGAGGCUACACUUGCUCUGGGCUCGAGGGGCAGCGCUGCAGGACUUCCUCCUCCUGUUCCCCUUCAGCUGUCGCAGGUUGAACGCGGAGCAACGGGAGCUGUCUGUCCAGGAGUUACUGUUUCAGCACUGCUGCUGGCCCGACAGGGAGCAGGAGGAGAUCUUCCAAUUCAUCCUGGACCACCCGCAGGGCAUCCUCUUCACCUUUGAUGGCCUGGAUGAGCUCAAGCAGAGCUUUUCGGACGAGUACAGACUCUGCUGCCCAACCCAGCAGGCACCUGUUCACAUACUGUUGUUCAACCUAAUCCAGGGAUCGCUGCUGAAGGGAGUGAAGAAAGUGGUCACUAGUCGUCCAGAAGCCGUGGGACCUUCCCUGAAGAAGCAUCUUUGCAAAGAAGUUCUCCUGACAGGAUUCUCCCCAAGCGCGAUUGAUAGCUUUGUGAGGAAACAUCACACUGACCCCACUGUGGCAGCUAAAAUUUUGGGGUCCCUACAGGCAAACACAGCUUUACUUGGACUGUGUCACAGUCCUGUCCUCUGCUGGAUCGUCUCACAGUGCUACAAGGAGCUACUGGGCUGUGGAGACGGCAGUCCACAAACCAUCACAGACGUCUACCUGAUGAUCCUACAGCACUUCCUGCAGCACCAGAGGCCCCUGCAGAAGGCCACAGCAUUAGCUUGGCCACAAGAGCACCUGGAAACCGUCCUGCGUCUGGGGCAGCUUGCUUUUGACAGCGUGCAAACCACCUGCUACGUCUUCUCCAGCGCACAUCUGCAGAUGCAUGGCGUGACCGAGGACGAUGUCCGCACGGGCUUCCUCGUGCAAAGCAAAGAUAUGUCCUCCACAUACAGCAAAUACUAUGAAUUCCUUCACAUGACUAUGCAAUGUUUCUUCGCCGCUCUGUACAUUGUCUUGUCAGGUAAUAUUGACCGUUCAAGCAUCUCAAAGCUCUUUGAGACGUGGGACUCGAAAGAGACAGAUCUGAAAGGCACAUGCUUUGGGGUGUGCUUGCCUCCCACCAGCCAGCAGGAGCAGGGUCCCAACGGCAAAGCUACGGCCACGGAAACACCAAAUUUACAAAUCACAGCCACCUUUGUGUCCGGGCUUCUGUCCCUACGCCACCGAAACCUUUGGCGUCACUGCUGCCCCGGCGCUACGCUGGAAAGGAAGGUCAAACAGGUAGAAAAAUGUCUGGCCAAAGGCUUGCAGAAGCACUUCAAGUCCAUCCCUCAGCCGGUGCCGGGGGAGAAGAAGAGCAUGCACGCGAUGCCCGGCUUCGUCUGGCUCAUCAAGUGCAUCUACGAGAUGCAGGAGUGCAGAAUCGCUAAAGAUGCCAUGAGCAAGUUAGAAGUGGACCACCUGAAACUCACCUACUGUAACAUCGGCCCCGUGGAGUGCACCGCGCUCGCUUAUGUACUCCAGCAUUUGAGGAACCCUGUCGGCCUUCAGCUGGACAACAACUCCGUGGGGGAUGUCGGCGUGGAGCAGCUUCUGCCGUGCUUGCACAUUUGUAAUUCCUUGUACCUCAGGAAUAACAAUAUUACAGAUGAAGGCAUCCGCAGGCUGAUUGCUAAAGGUAUCCAGUGUGAAAACUUCCGGAAAAUUGCACUCUUCAACAACAGGCUAACCGAUGCUUGCACACAACACUUUGCUCAUCUUCUCAAGGCCAGGCCAGAUUUCCUUUCUCUGAGGCUCGGCAACAAUAAUAUAACGGCAGAAGGAGCAAGACAGUUGGCGGAUGGGCUAAAAUGUAAUCAUUCACUGCAGUAUUUAGGGCUUUGGGGCAAUAGUAUAGGCGAUGAAGGAGCACAGGCCCUGGCCAGUGCCUUAGAGAACAGCAAGUCCCUGGUGUGGCUUAGCCUGGUGGGUAAUGGUGUAGGGAGUGCAGGAGCCUGUGCCCUCGCCAACGUUAUCAAGAACACAUCAGUGCAAGAGCUUUGGCUGUCAGAUAACCGUAUAACCAGAGCAGGAGCGGAACAUCUGAUUCAAGCCCUGCAACACAACACUAAUAUGAAAUCAGUAUGGUUGAAAAACAAUGACCUCACUUUGGAGGAGGUGGAGGAGAUGACGCAGCGUGAACCCAGACUGACAUUCUGAUUUAGUGUUGACUUGGCCAAGGAAUGUGUCUUUUAUGCUCUGAUCUUUAUUUAUUGUAUAGAAUUGUCAAAAUAUGUAUGUGAUAAAACGUUGAUUAUGUUACAGUAUACUUUGCUUCCACAGAUUACAUUUUAUGCUAAGGUUCAUUUGAAUAUGCCGUGGUCUGCUUACAACCACUCCUGUUACUGCUGCUAACAAUAAACCAAAUAAAUUCAGGCCACCUAUUAGA